AAGGGAAUCUGGAGGUAGCAAAAUACUUUAUGGGUGAGUGUCGUGUGAACAUAAGUAUCAGGGAUAAACAUGAAAGAGAUCCCAAAGAUAUCGCGGUGUUAUGGAAAAGACACGAAAUCGUCAACCUUUUUACAUGA